AUGGCUAGUAAUCAAAAUUUCAAGAAUGCUACCAUAGCAUUCUUGGUUCCUCUUCCUUCCAUCAUUUUCUAUCUCACCUUCCUCAACAACUACCACUCAGCAAUCACCAAUCCAAAUAGCCCUUCUUUUUCCUCAUCUCUAUGGACAUGGUGCUAUCACCACCCUCUCCUCUUCGCCAACGCUCUCUUCUUCUUCAACGUCAAUCUCCUCUUCUGGCUCAUUGGUCAAAUCCAAUCUAGUCACUGGAUGAUUGAUCCAUAUUGGACUGUGAUUCCUGUAAUGCUUGUUCAUUACUAUGCAACUCACCCUUUGGCUCAAUACGAUGGGUGGAGGUCAAAAGUUGUGAUUUUUUUGACAUGGGUUUGGAGUAUUAGGCUCACUCAUAAUUACUUCAGACGUGAAAAAUGGCAAUGGGGUGCUAGAGAGGAUUGGCGUUUCACUGAGAUGAGUCAACAGUAUGGAAAACAUUGGUGGUGGAUUUCAUUCUUUGCUGUUUAUGUCUCACAGCAGAUGUUUUUGAUUGGACUGUCACUUCCUUUAUAUAUAGUGCACUUUGUGAAUAAGCCUUUGAGUAUCUUGGAUUUGGUGGCAGUUCUUGUUUGUUUAAGCGGCGUUGUUAUAGCGUACUUUUCUGAUACAGAGCUCCAUGACUUUAUGAGUAGAAACAACAAGCUAAAAGGGCUUGGUAAGCCUGUUGUCCCUGUACUUGAAAAUGGCUUAUGGUAUUACUGCCGGCAUCCGAAUUACUUCGGUGAGACACUAUGGUGGUGGGGACUGGUUGUGUUUGCCUGGAGCCUAGGACAUGGAUGGACCUUUAUUGGAGCUUUUGUUAAUACCUUGUGUUUGGCUUAUGUUACUAGGCUUGUGGAGGACAAAAUGUUGAAACAAGAGAGUAGAGCAGAGGCGUUUAGGCUUUACCAGAAGACAACUUCUGUGUGGAUACCUUGGUUCAAGUCAUUUCCUUCAGAAGUUAAAAAUAAGAAUGCUUGA